CUCAGGGCUGGCAGGCGGCGGCGCACAUGAUGAGGAAGACGAGCUGCCUGCAGUACCUGGAUGCCAGGAACACGCCGCUCCUGGAGCCCUCGGCCCCGUUGGUCGCCCGGGCCCUGCGCAUCAGCAGCAGCCUCGUGGUUCUGCACCUGGAGAACACCUCCCUGUCCGGGAGACCCCUCAUGCUGCUCGCCACGGCUCUGAAGAUGAACGUGACGCUCCGGGAGCUGUACCUGGCCGAUAACAAGCUGAACGGGCUGCAGGACUCGGCCCAGCUCGGGAACCUGCUCAAGUUCAACGGCUGCAUCCAGAUCCUGGACCUGCGCAACAACCACCUCAUGGAUUCCGGCCUGGCCUACAUCUGCGAGGGGCUGCGGGAGCAGCGCCGGGGUUUGGUGACGUUGGUGCUGUGGAACAACCAGCUGAGCCACGCCGGCAUGGCCUACCUGGGCAUGACCCUGGUGAGCGUUCCCAGACGCUGAAUGGGCCACAACGCCGUGGGCAACGAGGGCGUGCGGAACCUGAAGAGCGGCCUGAUCGGGAACCGCUCGGUGCUGCGCCUGGGGCUGGCCUGCACCCGGCUCACCUGCGAAGGCGCCGUGGCCGUGGCCGAGUUUGUGGCCGAGAGCCCGCGGCUGCUGCGCCUGGACCUGCGCGAGAACGACAUCAAGACCGGGGGGCUGAUGGCGCUGUCGCUGGCGCUGCGCGUCAACCGCUCCCUGCUGCGCCUCGACCUCGACCGCGAGCCCAAGAAGGAGCCCGUGAAGAGCUUCCUGGAGACGCAGAAGGCGCUGCUGGCCGAGAUCCAGAACGGCUGCAAGCGCAACUUCGUGCUGGCCAAGGAGAGGGAGGAGCAGCAGCAGCAGCAGCUGCAGCACUCGGCCUCCAUGGCCGACAUCCCCCAGGAGAUUCCCGAGGAGAUUCCCGAGGAAAUUCCCGAGGAAAUUCCCGAGGGCGCCUCCCCCGGCCCGGAGGAGAACGGCAGCGCCGCCCCGGCCGGGGAUUCCAGCUCGGACACCGAGGAGGAGGAGGAGGAGGAGGAGGGGAAGGGCUCGAGGGAGGUCGUGGAAUGUUCCGGCAAUUCCGGGAAUUCCCUCGGCAACGGCGAGCGCAGGAUUUCCGUCUCCAGCCCCGGCAGGGGCCGCAAGGUCUUCGUGGUGACGCGGGUGGAGAACGUUCCGGAAGGAUCCGGGGGCGUUCCUGAUGGUUCCGGGGUCGUUCCUGAGGGAUCCGGGGUCGUUCCUGAUGGAUCCAGGGUCGUUCCAAAGGGAUCCGGGCUCAUUCCUGAUGGAUCCGGGGCCGUUCCAGAAGGUUCUGGGGCCGUUCCUGAGGGAUCCGGGGUCGUUCCAAAGGGAUCUGGAGAUGCUCCCAAGGGAUCUGGGACAAUUCCUGAUGGAUCCAGGGCCAUUCCCCAUGGAUUGGAGACUGCUCCUGAAGGAUCUGGGAUCGUUCCUGAAGGAUCUGGGACAAUUCCUGAUGGAUCUGGGACAGUUUCUGAUGGAUCUGGAGCCGUUGCUGAUGGAUCUGGGAUUGUUCCUGAUGGAUCUGGGAUUGUUCCUGAUGGAUCUUGGGUUGUUCCUGAUGGAUCUGGAGCUGUUCCUGAUGGAUCUGGAGCUGUUCCCGAUGGAUCUGGAGCUGUCCCUGAUGGAUCUGGAGCUGUCCCUGAUGGAUCUGGGACAAUUCCUGAAGGAUCUGGGAUCGUUCCUGAGGGAUCUGGGGUUGUUCCUGAUGGAUCUGGGAUUGUUCCUGAUGGAUCUGGGAUUGUUCCUGAUGGAUCUUCGGUUGUUCCUGAUGGAUCUGGGACAAUUCCUGAUGGAUCUGGAGCUGUUCCUGAUGGAUCUGGGACAAUUCCUGAUGGAUCUGGAGCUGUUCCUGAAGGAUCUGGGACAAUUCCUGAUGGAUCUGGGACAAUUCCUGAUGGAUCUGGAGCCGUUCCUGAUGGAUCCAGGCUCAUUCCAGACAGAUCUGGGAUUGCUCCUGACGGAUCCAGGGUUGUUCCCUUUGGAUCCAGCGCCGUUCCUGAUGGAUCUGGAGCUGCUUCCCAUGGAUCUGGAGCCGUUCCUGAUGGAUUUGGGACAAUUUCUGAUGGAUCCAGGGCUGUUCCUGAUGGAUCUGGAGCUGUUCCCGUUGUUCCUGAUGGAUCCGGGGUUGUUCCCGAUGGAUUUGGAGCCGUUCCUGUGGGAUCUGGGUCUGUUCCUGAUGGAUCCGGGGUUGUUCCCGAUGGAUUUGGAGCCGUUCCUGUGGGAUCUGGGUCUGUUCCGGAUGGAUCUGGAGCUGUUCCCGUUGUUCCUGAUGGAUCUGGGAUUGUUCCUGAUGGAUUUGGAGCUGUUCCCAUUGGAUCCAGCCCCGUUCCUGUCAGAUCUGGAUCCAUUCCCGAUGGAUUUGGAGCCGUUCCCGAUGGAUCUGGAGCCGUUCCCAUCGGAUCCAGCCCCGUUCCCGAUGGAUUUGGAGCCGUUCCUGGUGGAUCCAGCCCCAUUCCCGUGAGAUCCGGGUUGGCUCCUGAUGGAUUUGGAACCGUUCCCAUUGGAUCCAGCCCCGUUCCCGAUGGAUUUGGAGCCGUUCCCGUCGGUCCCAGCCCCGUUCCCGUUGGAUCCGGCCCCGUUCCCGUCGGUCCCGGCCCCGUUCCCGAUGGAUUUGGAGCCAUUCCCGAUGGAUUUGGAGCCGUUCCCGUUGGAUCCGGCCCCGUUCCCGUCGGAUCCGGCCCCGUUCCCGUCAGUCUCAGCCCCGUUCCCGGUGGAUCCGGCCCCGUUCCCGUUGGAUCCGGCCCCGUUCCCGUCGGAUCCAGCCCCGUUCCCGAUGGAUUUGGAGCCGUUCCCGUUGGAUCCAGCCCCGUUCCCGAUGGAUUUGGAGCCAUUCCCAGUGGAUCCAGCCCCAUUCCCGUGAGAUCUGGAGCGGUUCCCGUUGGAUCCGGCCCCGUUCCCGUUGGAUCCAGCCCCGUUCCCGGUGGAUCCGGCCCCGUUCCCGAUGGAUUUGGAGCCGUUCCCAUCGGUCUCAGCCCCGUUCCCGUCGGAUCCGGCCCCGUUCCCGUCGGAUCCAGCCCCGUUCCCGUCGGAUCCAGCCCCGUUCCCGAUGGAUUUGGAGCCGUUCCCGUUGGAUCCGGCCCCGUUCCCGCCCCGCGGCCGCGCCGGGCGGGCGCCUCCGCGGGCAUUGGGUGCGGGAGCCCCUCCCGGGAUUCGCCGCUCCCCAACGGCCUCAAGGCCGAUUUCGCCCGGGCGCUGCCGGAGCCGGGCCCGGAGGGCGACGGCAAAGCGGGAACGUGCGGGGCGGAGCACGGGCUGGGCUGCCCCAGGAACGAGCAGGAGCUGCAGGAGCUGCUCCUCGAGGCCACCCAGGACACGGCACCAACCGAGCCAAUGUGACAGCAGGUCCUGCAGGGGAGGCUCCGGAGCUUUUCCCCCUCUCCCAACUCCGCACAAGAUUCCAACCAAACCUCGGGAAUUUCGGGACUUUUGCUUGGGAAAAAAAAAAAAAAGAAAGAAACAAAAAAAAAAACACGAAACACAAAAACAACAAAA